GUCGUCUUUUCUGGACUUCUCGCGCAGCUCCUGGACUCCCACAACUGUUCCUUCUUCCCUUUCCACCUAGACUUCUAACCCCCCUUACCUCGUCACCAUGGCCUUCCUUGCCAACGUCAAGUCGGUGCUCAGCGGAGACACCCUCGUCCUCGUGAGCCCCAACAAUCCGGCGGCGGAACGGACUCUCUCGCUUGCCUAUGUUUCGGCACCCCGCCUGAGCAAGGAUGGCGACGAGCCCUUUGCUUUUCAGUCGCGCGAGUUUCUGAGAAGCUUGACCGUCGGCAAGCCGGUCAAGUUCAGCGUUUCUUACACCAUCCCAGGCUCCGGUAGGGAAUACGGCACGGCACUUCUCCAGGAUGGGACUGCGUUUCCGGAAGCCGCAGUCAAGGCUGGUUGGCUCAAGGUCAGGGAAGACGCUGGCCGGAAAGACGACUCGGAGGACGUUCUCGAGAAGAUCGACAGCUUGCGGAACCUGGAGAGCCAAGCCCGGGCCGAGCACAAGGGCUUGCAUGCUGGAACCGGCGGCGUCAUCGAGGUUCAGAACGAUCUUGGUGGCCCCGAGUUUAUGAACCAAUGGAAGGGCAAGACGGUAGACGGAAUCAUUGAACGCAUCAUCAGCGGCGACCGCCUGCUCGUCCGCCUGCUCCUCACUGAGAAGAAGCACUGGCAAGUCAUGACGCUCGUGGCUGGCAUUCGAGCACCGUCAACGGAGCGCUCCGGACCGAAUGGACAGACUCAGCCCGCCGAGGAAUUCGGUAACGAGGCUCGGGCCUUUGUCGAACAGCGACUGCUCCAGCGGCCAGUCAAGGUCAAGAUCGUUGGCGCCAGUCCGCAGGGCCAGCUUGUUGCUUCCAUUAUUCAUCCCCGCGGAAACAUCGCCGAGUUCCUGUUGAAGGAAGGCCUUGCUCGCUGCAAUGACUUCCACUCCACCAUGCUGGGGAGUGACAUGGCCGCACUCCGGGCUGCUGAGAAGGAGGCCCAAGAAGCCCGCCGUCGCCUGCAUAGGGCCUUUGUCGCCAAAGCUACCGACAGCAAGGAGCAAGAUGCGACCGUCACCAAGAUCAUUGGGGCCGAUACCAUCAUUGUCCGCAACAAGGCCGGCGCCGAGAAGAGAAUCAGCCUCAGCAGCGUCCGCGGACCCCGUGCUGGGGAGGCUUCCGAGGCACCUUUCAGGGACGAAGCAAAGGAGUUUCUGAGAAAGAAGCUUAUUGGAAAGCAUGUCCGCAUUUCGGUCGACGGCACCAAGCCUGCCAGCGACGACUUCGAGGCCCGUGAGGUUGCUACGGUCACCCAGAACGGCAAGAACAUUGGCUUGCAACUCGUUCAGGAAGGUUACUGCUCGGUGAUUAGGCAUCGCAAGGACGAUACGGACAGGGCGCCCAACUAUGACGAGCUGCUGGCAGCUCAGGAGACCUCCAAAGAGGAGAAGAAGGGCAUGUGGUCUGGCAAGCCGCCCAAGACAAAGCAAUACGUCGACAUGUCGGAGAGCGUCCAGAAGGCGAAGAUCCAGUUGUCCACUCUCUCCAGGCAGCGGAAAGUCCCCGGCGUCGUCGAUUUCUGCAAAUCUGGGUCCCGCUUCACCAUCCUCAUCCCCCGUGAGGGAGUCAAACUCACGCUGGUCCUGGCUGGGGUCCGUGCUCCUCGUGCCGGUCGGACUCCUCAGGAGAAGGGAGAGCCUUUUGGUCAGGACGCACUGGACCUGGCGAACAGACGUUGCAACCAGAGGGACUGCGAGAUUGAUGUUCACGACCUCGACAAGGUUGGUGGCUUUAUUGGCGACCUCUACGUGAACCGCGAGAGCUUUGCCAAGAUACUUGUUGAGGAGGGGCUGGCCUCUGUUCACAAGUACUCGGCCGAGAAGUCGGGCAACGCUACCGAGCUUUUGGCUGCGGAAAAGCGAGCGAAGGAGGCCAGGAAGGGAAUGUGGCACGACUGGGACCCGUCUCAGGACGUCGAGGAGGAGGCGGAGGCGGCCGGUGCUGAGCCGGCGGCCGACGCUUCCGUCACCAUCGAGAAGAGGCCGGAGGAUUACCGCGACAUCAUCGUCACCAACAUUGACUCGAACGGCAAAAUCAAAGUUCAGGAAAUCGGCAAGGGCACGGACGCGCUCGAGGCCCUGAUGGAUCAGUUCAGGCAGUUCCACCUGAACCCGACAAACAGCGGGGGCCUGAAGGACGCCCCGAAGGCCGGAGACUACGUGGCUGCCCAGUUCAGCGAGGACGGCGAGUGGUACAGAGCGCGCAUCCGCUCCAACGACCGCGCCGCCAAGGUGGCCGAGGUCGUCUACAUCGACUACGGUAACUCGGAGAAGCAGCCGUGGUCCAAGCUGCGGCCGCUCAACCAGCCGCAAUUCAGCGUCCAGAAACUCAAGGCGCAGGCCGUCGACACGCAGCUCUCGUUCGUGCAGCUGCCCGCGGCCCCGGAUUAUCUCAGCGACGCCAUCAACUACCUGUACGAGCAGACCGAGGGCAAGCGGCUGGUGGGGUGCUUCGACUACGUCGACGGCAAGGAGGGGAUCUCGUACGUGACUCUGUACGACCCCAAGGCCGAGGGCGCCGGCAAGGUGACCGAGUCGGUCAACCGCAAGAUUGUCCUCGACGGCCACGCUCUGGUGGCGCGGAAGCUCAAGGCGUGGGAGCGGAGCAAGGUGUUUGAGCCUGUGCUCAAGAGCCUGCGCGAGGCCGAGGCCGAGGCCAAGGACGCGCGUCGUGGUAUCUGGGAGUAUGGCGAUAUCACGGAGGACUGAGGAUGCCGUGUGGGGAGAAUAUUCGAAUCAGAGUUUUAAAACGAGUCUUUCAGGAGGAGGCUUCGACAGGAAGAGAAACGGGGAGGACCGACUGGUUUUGGUUUGUUGCAAAGACACCUAAAAGCGCCCGUUCACUUGAAU